AUGGAGCCAGAAAAGGGCAAGAAGGGGAAGAAGGAGAAAACUCCCAAAGGCACCAAGACUGACAAAGAAAGACCCCGGGGCUCUAAGAAGGAGAAGGACAAGAAGGGGAAGGAGAAGGACAGGGGCAGGGACAAGCCCCCAAAGAAGCCCCGUGAAAAAGCCCCCAAAGGCUCCGAAAAAGCGGCCAAAGGCUCCAAGAAGCCCAAGGAGAAGCCACCCAAGGAGAAGCCACCCAAGGCCACCAAAAAACCCGGCAAGAAGCCACCGGAGUCCCCGACACGCCCCCCGGAGCCCCCGCAGGAAGAGGACAUCGUGGGGACCCCUUGGUUCCCAGAGCAGCCCUCGCCCCACGGGGGGGAAGACGGGGGUGGCCGAGGGGGGCUGAAAGAGCCACCGAGCGAGCCCUGGGAGCUUGGCCGAGAGCACCCGGAGCCUGAGGUCCCUGAGGAGCCAGAGCCACCAACCCUGGACUACAACGAACAGCUGGAGCGGGAGGACUACGAGGACUUCGAGUACAUCCGGCGGCAGAAGAGACCCCACAAGCCCCCAAGCAGGACAAAGCCCCCCAGGGUCUGGCCCCAACCGGAGGAGCCACCGAGACAGAAGGAGCUGCCCCCACCCCAGCCUCCCUCCCCACCCCCCCUGGUGACUGAAGCCGACUACGAGGGGGGCUUUGAGCCACCUGACUACGAUGACUUGCUGCACGGCCCCCCGCCCCCAUCCAAGCCCCACAAACACCCAGACAAGGACGAGGAGAUGGAGACGGAUGAGGAGAAGCACAAACCCUGGAAGCCCAAGAAGGGCAGCAGCAGCAAGGAGGAGGAGGAAGACCCUUGGGUGGAGGAGAAGAGCCGGGAACACAAAGGAGGGAAGAAGGGGGACCCAGAUGACGAUGAAAGGGCCCCUCCAGAGGAGAAGACAAGAUGUCCCCCCAUCGGCCUGGAGUCCCACCGCAUCGAUGAUGACCAGCUCCUGGCCUCCUCCAUGCUGCGCCAUGGGCUGGGUGCCCAACGUGGGCGCCUCAACAUGCAGGCAGGCACCAAUGAGGAUGAUUUCUACGACGGGGCCUGGUGCGCAGAGGACGACGGGCGGACGCACUGGCUGGAGGGCGACACCCGCCGCACCACCAAGUUCACCGGGGUCAUCACCCAGGGUCGUGACUCCCAGAUCCACGAAGACUUUGUCACCAGCUUCUACGUGGGCUUCAGCAACGACAGCCAGAACUGGGUGAUGUACAGCAACGGCUAUGAGGAGAUGAUGUUUUAUGGCAAUGUGGACAAGGACACACCGGUGCUGACUGAAUUCCCUGAGCCUGUGGUCGCCCGUUACAUCCGCAUCUACCCGCAGCGCUGGAACGGCAGCCUUUGCCUGCGCCUGGAGGUCCUGGGCUGUCCCCUCUCCUCUGUCAGCAGCUACUAUGCUCAGCAGAACGAGGUGACUUCCACUGACAACCUGGACUUCCGCCACCACAGCUACAAGGACAUGAGGCAGCUGAUGAAGGUGGUGAACGAGGAGUGUCCCACCAUCACCCGCAUCUACAACAUUGGCAAGAGCUCACGGGGGCUGAAGAUCUACGCCAUGGAGGUCUCUGACAACCCAGGCGAGCACGAGACGGGAGAGCCCGAGUUCCGCUACACGGCGGGGCUGCAUGGCAACGAGGUGCUGGGCCGGGAGCUUCUGCUGCUGCUCCUGCAGUUCCUGUGCCGGGAGUUCCAGGCUGGGAACUCCCGUGUGCGGAACCUGGUCACCCAGACCCGCAUCCACAUCGUCCCCUCCCUCAACCCUGAUGGCUACGAGCUGGCCAGCCAGGCGGGCUCAGAAUUGGGCAACUGGGCACUAGGCCACUGGACAGAAGAGGGCUAUGACCUCUUUGAGAACUUCCCUGACUUGGCGUCGGCACUGUGGGCAGCAGAGGAGAGAAAGCUGGUGCCUCACAAGUUCCCCAACCACCACAUCCCCAUCCCGGAGCACUACCUGGCUGAGGACACCAUGGUGGCAGUGGAGACACGGGCCAUCAUGGCAUGGAUGGACAAGAACCCCUUCGUGCUGGGAGCCAACCUGCAGGGAGGAGAGAAGCUGGUGUCCUACCCCUUUGAUACAGCCCGGCCCCUCAGCGAGACCCUGGCAGCCGCCCCUCGCCCACCUGACUAUGAGGAUGACCACCCUGAACUACAGGAGACCCCCGACCACGCCAUCUUCCGCUGGUUGGCCAUCUCCUAUGCCUCAGCCCACCUCACCAUGAGCGAGACCUUCCGCGGGGGCUGCCACACACAGGACGUCACUGACGCCAUGGGCAUCGUGCAGGGGGCCAAGUGGCACCCCCGGGCUGGCAGUAUGAAUGACUUCAGCUACCUGCACACCAACUGCCUGGAGCUCUCUGUCUACUUGGGCUGUGACAAAUUCCCCCAUGAGAGUGAACUGCAGCAGGAGUGGGAGAACAACAAGGAGUCACUGCUGACCUUCAUGGAACAGGUCCAUCGAGGCAUCAAGGGCUUGGUGAGGGACCAGCAAGGUGAACCCAUCGCCAAUGCCACCAUUGUGGUGGGGGGCAUCAACCACAAUGUCAAGACAGCUGCCAGCGGGGACUAUUGGCGCAUCCUGAACCCAGGCGAAUACCGGGUCUGGGCCCGGGCCGAGGGCUACAACCCCAGCGUCAAGACCUGCAGCGUCUUCUAUGACAUUGGGGCCACCCAGUGUGACUUUGUCUUGGCACGAUCCAACUGGAAACGCAUCCGGGAGAUCAUGGCCAUGAAUGGGAACCGGCCCAUCCGCCCCAUGACACCCCGCGAGCGGCGCCUCCGGAUGCGCCUCCGGCAGCGCAUGCGGCUCCGGCAGCAGAUGAGGCAGAGGUUGCUCAAUGGCACCACGACCACCAGCAGUCCUACCGCCCCACCACCCACCACAGCCUUGCCCUGGACCUUCAGCAGCACCACCUACGCAUCCUGGAGCCAAGAACCCCCCACAGCUGGCACCUGGGAGAUGGAAACUGAAACGGAGGUGGUGACAGAGCUGGUGACCGAGCUGGAGGCCUGGGAGGUGGGGACGGGAACAGCACAGCCCCUCACCACGGCCGAGACCUACACCGUGAAUUUUGGGGACUAG